AUCCCUCGCCCUAUUAAUUAACUAGUUACGGCAAAAGUGUGGAAAUUAAAGGGAGACGAAUCUCGUUGUUGGGAGUCUGGUGGAAGGCGCUUUACACAUCGAUCCCCAGGAAAUUGGUGAGCGUAGUCCCCUACUACCCGUACCACUGGCGGUGGGGAUGACGACAGGCGGAAGGGAGUACGGUACACCUUAUGCCAGUGGGCGGAGCCUUUGACCAAAGAGUUAAUAGAGAUACAAUCGAGGGUGUCUAGUGCACUGCACUCCGGACUGCGGCGUAGGAGGAGUGAAGGGACAGGGGCGAGGGGAGACAGGCGGUAAGUAGGGACCUCGGGUCCCCUAGUUUAGACAUCACUGAGCGACGGAUGGACAGCCAGUCAGACCCGUCACAGCACUCGCUGGAGUACUCGGAAACCUCGGGAAAAGCCGAUAGCAGGAGUCUAUGGAUUGGACCGGCUCCAAAGACGAGCCGAUAAUUAACGCGAGCCGGGCAACCAAACCACACUGGACGCAUGAAUAUUUCUAAGAGCCUCCGCCGCGAGCCUCUCUCUUGCAUUACACGUUCGAAUCUGCCACAACGGAUUCGACAAUUUCUAAGGACUGACUAGUGAAUCACAAGUACGUGCGAUCGCGAAGGGACUCGCGGUAGCCUUCGAGGAACACGGCGCGUGGGACUACGUGUACCGGCACGGUAUUGGUGACACGUGAACAGUGCGUACGAGAGACUGCCGUUGAAAUUAUCGAUUUGGAGUAUUUGCGACUACGUGACAACCGGCGGAUUUUUAAUUAACGCGGCAGAGCGGUACAUUGACGGAGCAGUGGACAGUGAAAAUUAGUGUUUCCUCCUCGAUAUAGCCGCAACGACAUAGUUUCGGCUAUUAACUUUCCGCCGUAAUUUUAUCGGGCACGGGCAUUUUGAUUGCACCUUGGCGUCUUGAUAUUAAAAUGACCCUGUACAUAGCCAGGGAUGUCACGUGCGUUCUGCGACGGGGGGGCGCCAAUCGCCAGUCGCCAACUCGCCAGCACGCCAGUCACCACCACCACCAUCAUCAUUCUCGUCAUCGCGUGCUAUCGGCGGAGAGCUAUGUGGUGCCGCAUCAGGAGCCCCAGCCGGACCACCAGCAGAACACCGGGGCACCGUUGAGAUUCAGCGUCGUCAACAUCCUCAGGCCGGACUUCGGUCGCGAGGCACUUCGUACGAAUCCACCCGUCCCGACCGCGUUGUUACAAUUGCCGGAACACACCCCGCCACCGCUCCCGAGGGACCUCAGUCUAUCGUCUGCCCGACUGUCACCGCAGUCGGUCCACAAAGAAAAGGACAAUUUACCGUCGCACAAUGGGCCCACGUCGCCGUUGCAAAGGCAGAACGGAUUGAGUAGAAGCGGCAGCUUAGAGAGUCUCGAGUCCAGCAGGAGCUCGGUCAACAGUAGCACAGUCACCGGCCCGCCCUCCUUGUGUUCUACGUCGUCUACGGUCGGCGGCGAUUCUGUAAACGGCGACGGCACAGCCGGCGGCAGUUCCGGUAGCACAAAUCAGCAAAAUGGCACGAGCAGCCAGAGCCAAUUGUGGCCCGCCUGGGUCUACUGCACGAGAUAUUCCGACAGGCCGUCCUCCGGCCCGCGCACGAGGCGAGUCAAACGUCCGCAGAAGACCGGCACGCCGGAAGAGAAGAGGCCCAGGACGGCCUUCAGCGCUGAACAAUUGGCCAGGCUGAAGCGGGAAUUCGCGGAGAAUCGAUAUUUGACGGAGAGAAGGCGGCAGCAUCUCUCGCGGGAGUUGAACCUCAAUGAAGCGCAGAUCAAGAUUUGGUUUCAGAACAAGCGGGCGAAAAUGAAGAAGGCGACCGGACAGAAGAAUCCGCUGGCCCUUCAGCUAAUGGCGCAAGGUCUUUACAAUCACUCCACCGUGCCGGUGGACGAGGACGGCGAAGAGAUCGUAACCGGAAGAGAUCAUUGAGGCUCGCAUAAAUUCAGAUGCCAGCGACGAAACGGAGAGUUAGAGACUAGAUUGAUACUGUAGGCGCUUCUAGAAGCUGCCAUCAGCUUCAACAAAGAGAGACACCGAUAAAUACGAAUAUUAUUUAUGGGACAAUUUCGAGUACGCAACGAUUACUAUGAUUGAGCAAAGACUGAAAUACACAUGACAAAACUAUCGUGGAGAGAAAUGAAAUCCACGUGACAGUUUUAUAAAAGUGCAAUCUAGAAUAUUAACAGACCCUUAAUUUAUCGGAUGUCGAUAGAUAUAACAUUUUUUUUAAUUAGCAAGGAGGUUUUUAUAGCGUAUCGUAGAAAAUGAUUUCCCCUCGGUAUUUUCGUGCUUAAACUGGACGGGCGUUCACAGAGUUCGACGGUUUUGCUUAUUCUAACAAUUCUGAAUAAACUCAAUUACAUAUACUUUGAAAAAGUAUUCUAGAAGACCGGGAACGACGGAAAGAUUAAAUUCCUUUCUCAAAGAAAGGGUAAUUUACCAUCUCGAUCUUAACUUAUGUAUUUCUUAACUAAUCUAUCUUUCUAUUUUAUCCUUACAGAAAGUUUCGUGGUAGUUUUUACCUAUUGUCUGUUGCCAAUCCUCGCAACGGGGGAAAAAAAAUAUUGUGUGUGACAAAUUUUAACAUUUUUAAACGCGAGUCAAAAGGUUGCUUUGGUCGUAUUGCAUACGAAGUCCUAAAAUUUAGAUUACACUUAGCCAGUAUGUUAAUUCUGAGACUUAAUAUCUGUCGGCUAGACACACAAGUAUGUAGGCUAUACGUACGUUCAGGUUAGCUUGCAAUACGAGUUUCCUAUAAAUUAAAUGUAAACUAUUUAUUUGUACAUAUAGCGAUUAUGCAUUAUGUAAAUAUAGCGGCAGAUUGUGGCUCUUGUCUAUAUAGUCUAUGUAAGAUAUAAACUAGAGAUUAGAUAUAGUGAUUAUUAUAUCACUGCGUGAAACAGAUCUCACAUUGUAUAUUCCUCGUAUAUACAAAUCUAGAUACAAAUGUUAUACAUCUUGCAGUUGGACGGAAAGUAUGUAUAACGUAUCUAUAUAAUGUUUUCCGCAAUAGGUGACUAUAAUAUUCCAUGUAAUCCGCUUACACUUCGCCAUCGAUUAAAUCAAAGUAAAAGGAAUCUCUUGCCCUCGACACGCGCAUUCUCCUCCACCUUUUCCUCAUCUCUCACAACUUAUUCGUAAUGAAUAUUAAUCAAUAUUGAUGCA